GUGCUGUGCGAGGACUCCAGCCCCCGGCGGCCUCGGCUCAACUUCCUGCCUGCCCUAACUUCACUGUACACAGCCAAGCAGGAGGCUGUUCACUCACACUAGGGGCUCCUCACACCAGAUGAACGCAAAGCCGUCCAAGACUUGUCAUGACGCAGCAGGAGCAGCAACAGUUCAUGGAGAGCCUGGAGACAGCCCUCUCCUGGAUGCGGGCCAUCCAGGAGAGGCUGAAGGCCGUCGACAACACCCAGGGGCCCCGUGAUGCCCUGGAGGCUCGACUCAAGGAGACACAGAAAAUCCAUCAGUCGGAGCUCGAAGGUCGUAUGAAGAUGGACAGGGUGUUGGUGGCAGCUGAGAACCUUCUGCAGAGCGGAGAUGAAGAGCUGAGGAACCACACGCACUCUAAGCUCAAAGACCUGAAAAGCCUGUGGGAGGAGACCUGCACCUAUAUCAUCCACUGUCACAGUCGAAUUGAGUGGGUGUGGCUCCACUGGAGCGAGUACCUGAAGGCCUACGAGGAGUUUGAGCUGUGGCUGACGAAGCAGCAGCGCAGUCUGGAUGUCGGUGUGGAGCUGCAGCUGGGGGUGAAGGAGAAGCUCUGGCAGGUGGACCAGCAGCGGGUGGUGGUUAGCGACAUCCACAGCCAAGCGGCGCUGCUGGAGAGGCUGCUGGACGAGGCUGCUGCACUGCACAACAGAACCCAGGACCCCAGUGUUGAGCCCCAGGCCCAGGAGAGGCUGCAGGAGGCCUACAAUGAUGUCAGAGACAGGAGUGAGGAGCGUCUGUCGCUGCUUCAGAAGAUUGCUGAGGAGCACCAGACGUACCAAGGCUGGGUUCAGAGGUUCCAGUCCUGGCUGCUGUCAAAAACCAAGGAGCUGACUGAUCUGAUGGAGAAGGAGGAUAUAUCCGAGAACAAACUGAAAGCCUUACAAGCUUUGGACGACAGCGUGGCUGGCGAGGAGAAGACCUUGCAGCAUAUCGAGGGCAUAGUGGAGGCGGUGAGGGGUAAUACCUCUCCUGCGGGGGCGGAAGUGGUAGUGGAGGAAGCAGAGGAGUUGAGGCUGGGCUGGCAGAGGCUAAGGCAGGGUCUGUGUGAGGCCGAGGAGGGCCUGCGCUCCAGCCUGAAUUCCCACACUCAGUACAUGGCCAGGUGCCAGCGGCUGGGAGAAGACAUCAGCUCCCUCAGGGUGCUGCUGCAGGGGCUGGACCAGGAACUGGAUGAGGGCCGUGAGGCUGGGGGCUACACUGACCGCACAGAGGAACACAUCGUGGGCCAGUGGAGGAAAUACACAGGUGUGAGGAAUACUCUGGCAGGGGAGGAGUCCCAAGUGGAACUUCUCAAGGCUCAGCUCAAGGAGCUCUUCAGGUUCUCAGAGGACUCACGCCACCUUUCUGAUGAGGUCCUGGCUGUUGUCAAAGAACAUCAGAGUGUGAAAUGCAGAGUGACGAGGCUUUGUUCAGAGUCAGAGUCAGGGCUGAGAAACAUUCUCCAGGACCCACUGCUGGUCUACACCCAGUGGAGCCAAAUGGUCUCUGAGGUUCUGGAAGCUUCUGCUGAGGUUACUGACUUCUCCCACAUCGCCAUGUUGGUGCAGAACAUAGAGCGUCUGCUGAAGGACAGUGUCCAGCUGCAGGAACGUUUCAGUCUGCUGCAGGUGAAGGGGGACCUGCUAGACUCUGUGUUUGGUCCUGAGAAAUCUGACGACCUGCAGGACGAGCUGAGUGACGCCAUCAGGAACAGAGAGCUGCUGCACACCCAGCUGCAGCAGAGAAAGAGCAGGCUUCAGGGCUUAAUCUCAAGAACCAAGGACUUUGGUGAUGCCUCUGAGUUGAUUCGCUCCAACCUGGCCGGUCUCCGGGAUCGACUGAUAGCAGCUGACGGCCUCCAACCUGACAUCCUGGCUAAGAAAAGCCAGUCAGACCAGUUCAGGGUGAUCCAGAAAGACCUGGAGGACUGUGAAGCCCACAUCACAGCACUGGAGACUCUGGUCUCGUCCAAUCAGAGCAACAGGCCUCAGUUUGACAGGCUCUUUGCUGACUGGAAACAUCUGUACAAGGCAGUCAGGGAGAAGAUGCGUGAGAGCGAGGCGAGCAUAGCAGACCAUGAGAGCUUCCACGAUAGUCUGCUGAACAUAGAGAAGUGGCUGAUGAUCAUGAAACAGAAGCUGGAAUCCUUCCACAGCCCUUCAGGAGCAUGGAGCAUAGAGGGGCGCCAGCACGAAGCUGAGAGAGCACUUGGAGAGUUUCCAGAGAAGGAGCUUCAGCUGCAGCAUAUGGAGGUCCAGGGUCAGGGGGUUCUGGAGAAAACAUCUGAGGAGGGACAGGUCUAUAUCCUGCGAGACAUGAAGCGUCUACGAGAGUCCUGGUUGGCCCUGUACAACAUGAGUCUCAAUCUUCACAGGCUGCUGAACAGCUCCAAAGAGCAGACAGAGUCUGACUUGAGGAGAGUUGGAGGCCUGACUGUGGGCAGCACAUCCCUAACAACAGAGCCCAGUCUGGGGGAGGGGGACAGUCAGGUCAGGACGGGAAGCUCCAGGAGCCAGAGACGCCAACAGCAAGACAAGACAGCAGAGGCUAGCUCUGAGCCUGCAGGAGGAGGACCACUGGAGGGGGAGGCAGGAGACUGCGCGAUGACUGGGCAGGGUGGGUGGAUCCAGGGCUAUGGUGAAGAUCACCUCAUUCUGCCUAGACAAGACAAUGAGUAUUUCAGCCCAUCAAUGACAGGCAAGGACAGUGGGCGUUCUUUUAAAGGAGAUGAAGUUGAUUCCUCUGCUUGGAGCAUUCACAGCAGAUCAGGCCAGAAGGUUCCCAAAGACACCACCACUGAUAGAAGCCCUGACAGUGAUACAUCAAGAAGACGAAGAAGGGACCCAGCCAAGCAACCAACCGCAACACCAACGCAACACACAAUGGGGGGCACAGAACAGAAAACAUCCAGGAGGAGGGAAUUUGAAGCUUGGCUGUCCAAACAAAAUGACCUCCUCUCCAGGAUCCUCAGUACCAAGGGAGCAACGCUGCGUGCCAAAGAACUCAAGAUCCGACAGGACACACUCAAGCCUCUGGUGGAAGGAGUGUCCUGGGGUCAGGAGCAGUUCCAGCUGUUGCUCCUGGAGAGUCAGGGCAGUGAGGCUGGUUCUGGACCAGCAGAAGAUGUGUGUCUGGAGGAACUUCGCUACCGAUGGAUGCUCUAUAAGUCGAAACUGAAGGAUGUGGGAGAUGUCAGGGCUAGGACCAGUGCCAAGAGAGUCCAAGCCAAAGAAGAGGAACCAGCAAAGGUGCAAAAGAAGCCCGGGUUGUUGCAGCGGGUGUGUCGGCUGGCUCUUCCUUUGUGGCUGCUUCUCCUGGCUCUGCUGCUACUGGCCUUCCUGCUGCCCCUCAUGGACGAAGGCAACAGCUGUUCCCUCUCCAACAACUUUGCUCGAUCCUUCACCAUCAUGCUCCGUUACGACGGACCACCACCCACAUAGGAAACCUGGACGGCACACGAUAGAGUAAUAUCUGAUGUCACUCUCUACAGCAACUUAUGUCGCUAUAAUGGAUCAUGGCUUAUGUGGGAAAUGUUGACGUGACUACUUCAGAUGUCACAUUCCCCUGUUUCUCAUGUAACCACAUGUAAGACCACAAACAGAACCACACAACGUUACGUUCAAUCUCAAGGUUCUUAUUCUAAGAAUAUCAAAGUACUAUAACCAGACCGCAGGAUUUUUAACAUCUGUAAACCAAACCCAUUUUUGUCAUCUUUGAGUGUCAUGCCUUUCUAAUAGUUUAAAUAUGUUAGUCAGCUUUUAUCUAAUAAAGACAAAAUUCUGUUCAUCUGAACUUUAAAUAGCUUUACUUUAACAGUCACCAAUAGACCAAAGUAUAUUUACAGCAUUCUUGUUAUAACUUACAGUAUAUAAUGUUUCAUGAAAAUGUUUCUUUUGGGCUUUAAAGAACACACAUACAAUUGAAAUGUUCUCAUUAUUACACAAAAACCAACAAAUCUUGUUAAAAUAGUAAACACUGAGACAGCAACAUUAUCAUUAUCCAUCCAUCCAUCUAUCAUCAUCGAUAUAUGCUUAUCCUGCACUGGGUCACUGGCGGGCUGGAGCCUAUACCUGCUCACACUUACCUUUUAUAAAAGUAUUUUGUAAGAACAAGAAGGGAUAAACUGAUAUGUUAAAACAUCAUAAUAAUAAUAAUUUGGUAAAUGGUAAUAAUGAGAAAUUAUAUUUUAUACUAUUCUACUACUAGUAGUAGUAUAACCUGAAAGCAGUUUUUUUUAUCAUAUCAGGCCUAAACUCCAUUUGGUAGGGACUAAACAUAAAAAUCAUCAUUUUCACACAUCUAAAACUUUCAGAGACACAAUUUGAAACCUGUUUAAUUACUAACCUGUUAAUUGGCUUGGUGAGAUUACUCAAGUGCUAAGGAAAACUGAAAUGUGUCUACGGAUAUGAAUGUGGAACAUGUACCAGAAGAUCCAAACCAAAGACUAUUGUAACAGUACUGGACAUGAUACUGAAGCUAACAUUGCAUUUCUGUCGACUUCUGGACUCAUAACUCCUGUUAGAUUUCCUCUCCCUGAGGGAAAGCAAAACUUCAGCUAAUGCUGUGCUAAUGGUACCGUAUGUAGCAGUGGUAAAUAGCUUGUGUGCAAAAAACAAAUAUACAGUAUAUGUUAUGUUUCAUCUCUGUAAAGAUUAAAUUGUGUUUUCUUAGUGUUAUUAAGUCAGCCAUAACUGCUGUGCAGGUUCAUACUGAGAGCAGCCUGGCUAAUGCUAACCCUUGCGUUGUGACCUUUUUAUAUACAGUCUAUGGUUGUGACUGGGAGCAGUGUGAGAGCGUCUGCGGUUAGAAAGACCUCAACAGAGAAAUGCUACUCUUCACUAGCGACAUGUCAUCUCAUUCUGUCAUCAGUCUUACGGACUUAAAAACUAUCAAACUGAAACAUGUAGCAGGGGUUUACUGUAUACCUUCUACAUUAUGGUAAAGAAGUAGCUCAUUCAGCACUUGCUGUCUAUGAUUUUGUUGGCAUUUUUAAAACUGCAGUUCCCAUGACCUUCUUCCAGCAUGGCAGCACCCAUAUCAUACACCACAGUAACUGUUUCUCCCUCAUCCAUUAUCUAUACCUGAGCACUCCUCUAAUGCUGUCUUUAACACUUUUUAGCUGUACAUAAAAUGUAUAAUCUGUGUAGUCCAUUGUGUCUAUUUUCAUAUAUCCCCAUUUGACUCUUCAGUCUGUCAAGCAGGUGAUGCUGUGGGACAGUGUUUUUUUGAAGGCAGAAACAAUAUUACAUUGGGGUGGUUGUUUUUUUUUUUCAUUUAUUUACCAGCUCUGUCUUUACAAAUGUAAUGACCUGUACGACAUACUGUUGAGCAGAGUAAUGGCUGUAUUUUUUGUGAUAUGCAUUACAAAAUGUCACUUUGAACACUCUUUUCUUACUUCAGGAACAGAACACAGAAGGUGUGGUUUCACUUCGGCUCUUCAGGUUGUAGGAAUGCAGCAGAUUUCCAGUAAAUAAAUCCAGACAGAUGGCACAGAGAGAGAGCUGGACAGGAAUUAUCUUAUAAAUUAAAUUUGAAAUAUAACUAAACCCGAACCAAGCUUGAAGCUUAACUCAACUAAAUAGCCCAUCCUUCGUUGGAACCUGUUGGGUGUUGUUGAACAGUGGUUGAUCAUGUUGCUGACAGUGCGAACACACAGAUGUGGAUGACUGAUUCAUUAACAGUUUAGUGGACUGUUGUCCAAUGAAGGGGUGAGUGUGCAGUCUACUCAUGUAGCUGUCCUCCUUCACACUCUUCACUACUUAAAUAGUUUGACACAUUACCUCAUGGAAACCACCAUCCACUGCUCUGAAUUUUAAUCGAGACAUACAUUUUCAGUGCUUGCUUAAUAUUUGCAGAAUGAACCUUAAAAAACAACAGAAAUCUUCCUGAUUCUGGCUGUAGAUUGUUAGACAGUACAUCCUGGAAGUUCUUGUGUGUUCCAGGCUUUAGAUUUUUAAACUUUAAUUUUUAGCACUGACUGAUUUGCUGCUGUUGAUGCAGCAAUAAAGAGGUGUCCAUGAUUUCAAUACUGAAUGUGUGUCAGUUUGCUUAAAGCAGUUUUCCUUUGUUCCUUCUGUGUACCCUUUUUUUUAAAAUUGUACAACCAUCUCAUGAGAGCUGUUACUUUGUAUUUUCUGGAGUGCUAUUUUGGCUUUAACACGUGUCAUUUUCACAGUCAAAACCCUCAGUGAGAACAUUUAGAAAGCCUUCUCCUGUGGCCACUUACAUAUUUUUGGACCACUGUGUGUUCAUGUUGCCAAUGCCCGAGCUGUAAACCUUGGCAAUCACCUUUUUUGUACAAACCCAAAAUAACUUUUAUCCUGCGUUCUCUCUUUUCACACCACGCACACCCCUAAAAAUACACCAACACCUCCACACACCCUCACAUAUGCAGUUACUUUCCCUUUUUUGGCUGAGUUUGUGUGUAUUAUCGAGUUAUGUUACCAUGGCAACAGUGACCUAAUCAAGUUAAUCUAUUACGUUGUCUUUAACAGCAACCAGAGUCUCUGCUGCAGCUUCACACGUCCUCCAGCAUGUUUGUAAUUCAAUGUUAAGUUCAGCUUUUGUUUGGGAAUGAAAGAGCCGGGGUGAGGAGACUUGAGGAUCUGAAAUAUAUAAGAUAUUUCCGCAUCACUAAAUCAUCACCAUGGCAGUAGACAGCCUAAACCACCAUUAAAAACAAUUAGCUCCCUUAUAACACCAAAAUAUAAAUAAAACCCUCACUGCCAUUGUUUUUUUUAAUUGCCAUAAGAGAAGUGUUGUGAUUUUAUCUUACAGCCCAGAACAGGAAGAGGACUUUGUCUUUUCUGCAUUAAAAACAGAGCUUAUUGCUUUUGCUGUGUCAUAUAUGAUCCUUUAGAUACAGCUGCAAAAUGCUGUUUGAGUCUGUCACUGUUUCUAAAGUUAAUUUGAUCAAAUGUGACCUAACACAUUCAAUUUAUUUCCUAGUAGCACACGUAGCCAAGUUGCAUUGUAGAAUUGGGAUUUUACGGCACCCGGAAUGUAAAGACAAAAAAAAGUUACUUAUUUUAAUGAUUUCUAAUGUGUAAAUAUGCUACAUGUAGCAUUACAUAUUGCUGAAGACAUAUAGGUAUUGUGGCCUUAAAGCUUUAAAGUUUAGUAUUUUACAACCUGGACCCUAUUUUCUCAUGUUUUGUGUUUGAGUAAGCACUCUGCAUUCAGCAGCAGUGAAACAGGGCUCCUAAUCCUUGCAGGCAAUUGCGCCCCAUCAAGAGAUCCUUUUUGUUUAACAAGAAACAGUCAAUAUAUAGCACUCGUCAAAGCCACCAGACUCCCUUGACAAAAAGUCUGGUUUACCGCUGACUCGAUCGGUUAGUUUGUGUUAUUGUGUGAGUCUGCACAUUUGUGUGGAAGUACUUUUACGGGGUGCAGUUGUCCACAAGUAUUACUUUGCAGCCCUGACUCUCUGAAGCGCACUCUCUUAAUACUGGAUCAAUUUCAAUAACUGUUGUUUCAAUUAGUCACAUAGACACAACAAACAUGGGAAAAUAAGGUUGGAAAAUACUUAAGUUACCCUUUAGGUAUACCAUGCAAUUAAUCAGCUGUACCAAGUGCCAUUACCACAUGUAUUUAUUCACCACGUAGCUUUAGAAAGCACUCACAGCCAAUGUACUGUAUAACAGCUGUAUAACUAAGUUAAAUAUAAGGUUUAGUCUUGUCAAGCGUGUUAAUGCUGCAUUCUAUACUGAAUCACCAAUUAUGCUCCAUGUUACUGCUUCUGAUUGAACUAUGUCUAUUAUGUAUGUGUCCCGGUAAUGAAGCCUAUGCAAUGACUGGCCCUACAUCAUUGUGUCCAUUUAUCUUAUGCAACGUAUGAAAUUACUUGAAUCCCCUGAGCACAACUGGUUCUUUAGCUACACAGUAUGUGUGACAAAGCUGUCAGAAUAGAACCGUAUACUUGUUAUGCAAAAAAUGUCCAGUAUUCCAGUGUCUGCUCUCAGAUCGAGGGACUUAUUAUGAAAAUGCACAGGUAAUGAUUGACGAGAGAGCUUUUAUGUGAAAUGACACAAUUCUAUUUCAUUAAUAUUUAAACAGUAGAACUGCUUCAUAUUAUUCAAGAGAGCUAUGUAUGAUGAAAUAAAAUGCAAUUUAAAUAUUCUGAGCUGGAA